GCUCCAGCAUUUUUUUAUCUUUCUUUGGUAAAAACAGUAUUUGCAGUUCCUUUUUAGUCCAUUGUUGUAGCAAGCUUGCUUGAUGUCAGUCCAAGUCAAAACGUGGCCUGAUGUUUCCCGGCCCCGAGGAGCCAGAUUAUUUAUUGCUGCUGCCGUUGCGUAUAAAUGUAUCGUUUAGGAUCGGUCAAAGACCACUCGGCCCCUCAAGCCUGCUUGGGGCCAACUCUCAGUGAGCGGCCCCUCCCACCGGGUUCAACAAAUCCUGUCGUCAAUAAGAGAGUUAAUAUUUAAUUGAUAAGAGAUGUGAUAUACCAAGCCGCCGGCACAGUCCUGCCCCACAACUCGGCGCUACGCUCGAUGCCAGUGGCUGGCAGCAUGGGGUCCGCCUGGAGGAACGUGUGGGCUUUCAGGAAUGAGAUGGUUAUUUUCCUGGUUCCUCUGCUCCUGCUCCCGCUCCCUCUGGUCAUUCCCACCAAGGAAGCUGGCUGUGGAUUCACGAUCCUGGUCAUGGCCGCCUACUGGUGCACGGAAGCUUUGCCUCUCGCCGUCACCGCCUUGAUCCCCGUGAUCUUCUUCCCAAUGUUUGGAAUCAUGGAAUCAUCGGAGGUGUGCAUGCAGUACCUGAAGGACACCAACAUGCUUCUGGUUGGGGGUUUGAUCGUGGCCAUCGCGGUGGAACACUGGAACCUGCACAAACGCAUCGCGCUGAGGGUGCUGCUGAUUGUUGGAGUCAGGCCCGCGCUGUUGAUGAUGGGCUUCAUGGGCGUCACGGCGUUCCUCUCCAUGUGGAUCAGUAACACGGCCACCACCGCCAUGAUGGUGCCCAUCGCCCAGGCCGUGCUGGACCAGCUCAACAUGGCGGAAGUACAGAACAUGGAGUUGGACCUGAUCUACGAGAACCAGAUAGUGGUCCUGGAAGACAAGGGAUUGGCGAAGACUGGCGAUUCCGUCACUGCAGACCCUAAGAAUCCCAAACCAGCAAAUGUCCCGGAAGACAGCAAGACCACCAAUGAGAUAUCCAACGGACAUUUGCAGUUAUCCGAAGGCACGACAGAGGCGGAAGAGGAGAUGAAGCUGCGAGCACAGAAUCACCUGAAGCUGUCGAAGGGAAUGAGUCUGAGUGUCUGCUACGCCGCCAGUAUCGGGGGGACGGCCACGCUGACCGGUACCACCCCCAACCUCAUUAUGAAGGGCCAGUUGGAUGAUCUCUUCCCAAACAACGGAGACGUUAUCAACUUUGCCACCUGGUUUGGAUUUUCCUUCCCCUGCAUGUUUAUUAUGUUGGUCCUCACGUGGAUUUGGUUGCAGAUCUUAUUCCUGGGAAUCAACUUCAAGCAAAACUUUGGCUGCAUGGUGGCCAAGUCACAGAAGGACAUCGCCGCCUACCAAGUAAUCAAGAAUGAGAUAAACAAGCUGGGCAGCAUGACGUUUGCCGAGAUCGAGGUGCUGGUCCUCUUCAUCCUGCUGGUCCUGCUAUGGUUCACUCGGGCCCCCGGCUUCAUCGACGGCUGGGCCACUGUCCUCUUCAACAAGGGCAACAAGGACUACGUGACCGAUGCCACGGUGGUGAUCUUCAUCUCCGUCAUCAUGUUCAUUGUGCCGUCAGACAAGCCCCGGCUGCCGUGUUGGAACGGGGGUGGCCCGGCCCCAGAGCAGCCCGAAGCAGACACGAGGCCCAGGUAUGGACCAGCUCCGCCACUGCUCACCUGGAAGACUGUUCAGCAGAAGAUGGCGUGGAACGUGGUCAUCCUGUUGGGAGGAGGCUUCGCUCUGGCAAAAGGAAGUGAGCAAUCUGGUCUUUCCAACUGGCUUGGAGACCAACUCACUCCCCUGGAGGCCAUUCCACCGUGGGCUAUCAUCAUCCUGCUGUGCCUGCUGAUCGCCACCUUCACCGAGUGCGCCAGCAACGUCGCCACCACCUCGCUCUUCCUCCCGAUCCUGGCUGCCAUGGCAGCGCGCAUUAACAUCAACCCACUCUAUGUCAUGCUGCCCUGCACCCUCUGUGCCUCCUUCGCAUUCAUGCUGCCAGUGGCAACCCCUCCAAACUCCAUCGUCUUCUCCUACGGCUAUCUGAAGGUGUCUGACAUGGUGAGAGCGGGAUUCAUGGUCAACCUGAUUGGAGUGUUGGUGAUCUCUCUGGCGAUCAACACCUGGGGCACGAUAAUGUUUGACCUGAACACCAUCCCAGCUUGGGCGAACAGCACGGCCAACCCAUGAACUGAUGAUAGGGAGACCCGCUGGAUCGACCGACUGCCAGAGGACCAGUGCAGACUGCGACUUAACCAAUCACCUCAUGAAACAGUUUAAACUGAGCCCUCCACUUCCUUCACUCGAGUCGCAAAUUUUAAUAGCACGAGAGUAAAAUCAAACUGGACAGUACGAUCCUUGCACAAAGACCAAAUGACUACCAGCAGAUGCUGGCCGGGGUCACUGGGAACUCUGAAAAUUUCUUCUGACGUUGCGAUCUUUGUCAUCUAUCGACCGGAGCGGGAGAUUGCAGGUCCUGACCUCCCACGGUACAUCGCUGGGCCCAGACCCACAUCACUGUCCUCAGCACCACUGCCACGGCUUCAACCAAAACCUCAAAGCACUUGUUAAUCCAAAUCCUCUACUAGCAUUCAAAAUGUGUAAGAAGGAACUGCAGAUGCUGGGUUACACCGAAGAUAGACACAAAAUGCUGGAGUAACUCCGCAGGACAGGCAGAAUCUCCGGAGAGAAGGAAUGCAUGACGUUUCGGGUCGAGACUCUUCUUCUUCAGACGUCUGAAAAAGGGUCUGGACCCGAAACAUCACCCAUUCCUUCUCUCCAGAGAUGCUGCCUGUCCUGCUGAGUUACUACAGCAUUUUGUGUCUUUCUUUACUAGCAUUGUUACCUGUGCAUGCCUCAACCUGGGUGUGUCAGCAGGUAUGUUUUAUGUGUGUGUAAGCACGUGGCAUGUGUAAGCAUGUGUCUUUUGUUGGUUGUGUUUUGUAUGAGUGUGUAACAGGGACUUCUUUCCGUCUGCAGUGCACUGCAUUCAGUGCUCACGUGCUCUCCUCUGCACUGGAUCUUCAGGCAGAGCUCUUGCUGACAGUCUGAGCUCCCGCUCCUUCCCCAUCCCACUCUCGCCACACGCCGCUCCAACACUGCCGCUGUCUCCUGUCUGGGUACAGUACCUGUGGACUCAAUAUUGAAGUCACCAAUGGCAGGGAAGCAGUCUAUCAUUCUCUCUCCACAGAUGUAGAUGUACCUCCCGUUCCUUUCUUUUCCGUCUUAAAUAGCUGCUUCUAAAAGUAAUUGCAUUAAUUAAACCACAUGGAUAUGCAGAAAAUGAAGGGAUAUGGAUCACGCGCAGGCAAGGAGAUUAGUUUAACUCAGCAUCAUAUUUGGCACACAUAUUGUGGGCCGAAGGGCCUGAACCUGUGCUGUACUGUUCUAUGUUCAAUGUAAUUGUUAACCUGAAUAACCUUGGUGUUCACCCAUGUAUUUCCUCCCCCCACAUCAACCAUUCCCCUCUGCAACUUAACCCAUGCCUGCCUCUGACGUCAGGUGCAGGUCCCCUGGCUUUAGAGAUACAAGGUGGGAACAGGCCAUUCGGCCCACCGAGUUUGUGCCAACCAGCGAUCACCCCGUACACUCACACUAUCCUACACCCUAGAAACAAUUUACAUUUACAGAAGCCAAUUAACCAACAAACUUGUACGUCUUAAGAGUGUGGCAGGAAACUGGAGAAAACCUAUGCCUUCAUGGAGAGAACAUACAAACUACGUACAGACAGCACCCGUAGCCAGGAUCAAUCACGGGUCUCUGGAGCUGUGAGGCAGCAACUCCACCAUUGCACCACUGUGCUGCCCAACAUUGCCUGACAUUGACUGUGCCCCUAUCCCUGCCGCACUUUGUCAUGUUGGGGGAAUGUACAUGAGCUUGUUGCUAUGUGUGUGGGUUUGGGAGUCGUGGUGUUUGAUUGUUUUGUGUGUGUGUGUCAGAGCGUGAAUACGAGUGUCAGUAUAAGCUUGGCCCAGGAAUGGAUUUAGCUGGCCUGGAGAUCAAAGAAGCAUUAAAAGAAAAAAUAUCUACCUGACAUUCUGUCGCACUUCCCUUGUGUGAAGAGAGGAGAAAUUGGGGAGACUGGGCCUGAUGUCCAUGGAGUGGAGAAGGUGGAGAUGUCACAUGAGGUUUAUAACACUAUGAGGGGUGUGGAUAGGGUAGAGUGUAGGAGGA